AUGUUCACGCAGAAGCUCUUUCGACGCGCCAGACACAGGAAAAACGACUGCUCAAUGAUCGUAUCAGCUCCCGCCAUUAUAAUUAAAGAUGGCGGAGAACCCACACGCUCGCUAGACGAAGGCGACAACCGAUAUGUGCGAAGCUUUGGCCGCGCCAUAUUUGUUCAGCGAAUCAAGUUCCCUUCUACGUCUAGACGUUAUAGCACUAAUAAUAAUGACGCCAACAAUGGCCGCGUUGUAGCAACGACAAUUUUUCCAUCACACGCUCCCUCUCUCUCUCACUCCCUCUCUCUUUCUCUCUCUCUCUCUAUCUAUCUAUGUCUGUUCUUGUCUACCUUUCUAUCGAUUUCAGUCUGUUCUUAUCUCUCUCUCUCUCUCUCUAUCUAUCUAAUUAUUUCUAAUAUUAUCUAUCUAUCUAUCUAUCUAUCUAUCUAUCUAUCUCACUCUGUUCUUCUAUAG